AUGAUUUACAGUCAUUUACCUGAAAAUCCAAGAUGGCAAUUACUAUCAACUACCAUUUCCAUGCCACAGUUUACUAUGUUACCAGGUGUAAGUUCAACUUUUUUUAAUCUAAAACUUAUAAUAUUAUCUCCCUGUAAUACAAACAUGGUUCCAUUUGAUACAAAUCGUUCUCUGGUCGAGGUUUUAAUUCGCACUCUGUCUGAUGUCUAUCUUUCAUGCUCUGUAGACCAUGAUAACACUUCUGGUUUAGCUCAAUACGAUGUUGAUCGAAAAUUAUGGUAUUGUUUAUUUCGACCACGAUCCAGUGGCUAUCAAGCACUUGACAUUUAUGCUCGUAAAGGACGACCCACAGGAUUUUCUGAAGGAGCAAUCGUAUUAGGACUUAAUAUGCCAAAGAUAAUUCAAUUUCAAAAGUUCCCAUAUACUUAUGAUGCAUUUACUAGCUAUAAAUGUCAAAUAUUUGAACCGCUAACUGGAAAAUUAAAAAGAGUUACUAAAGUGACCAUUCAUUGUCGCAUACCAGGCGCUGACUAUGUUUGUUUAUCAUAUGAUGGUACUUUAUCUUCAAACAAAUAUAAUCUCGCCGAUGAUAUUUUUAAAGAAGAAAUCACUGUACCUAAACGAGAGAUUACAAUUUAUGCUAAAUUCCCUAAAGAUCAAGAAUCUAAUCACGUUGAAGGAUUAUUUAAAUAUACAAUCGAGCGACAAUUUUAUUUAUUUUAA